AUGUGUAUUAGUGCAAACCCGGUUUGGUUCGUCUACACACCUAACUGUACUGGACUGUAUUUCAACAGCCAUCCCAUUCAGAAUAUUCUUACUGGGCUCAUUUGUCAGUGUGCUGGCACUCCCUUUGCCAUUGUGCUGGCUUUUGCCUACAGUCUGUUCACCAACCUUGUCAACGGCUUUCAGUUACACUGGUUGUGUUUAUUGGCACUUUUAUUGAAAUCUACUUCUGUUCUUUCUCUCGUUAACUCUCCGUUCCUUAAUCGUGCCCUUACACAGAUUAUCACGGCCGGUCCUACACACGCUCCCCUCCUAGAACCCUUCUACGCCGAUUGA